ACGGCGCUCCAAACCCUACCCACCGCCGCCGCCUGCUCCUCCAACAAGCAGCGCCUCCGCUCCAAUCGCCGGUGCCUCGUCUCGAGCUACCGCUCUCCCCUUCGACCAUGGCGGACGUUGAUGUCGAGACGGAGGUGGCGGCCGCCGGCCUGCCGAAGAAGAGGACGUUCCGCAAGUACAGCUACCGCGGCGUGGACCUCGACGCGCUCCUUGACAUGUCCACCGACGACCUCGUCCAGCUCUUCCCCGCGCGCGCCCGCCGUAGGUUCCAGAGGGGCCUGAAGAGGAAGCCGAUGGCGCUCAUCAAGAAGUUGCGCAAGGCGAAAAAGGAUGCUCCAGCCGGUGAGAAGCCAGAGCCUGUGAGGACCCACCUCCGGAACAUGAUCAUUGUGCCUGAGAUGAUUGGGAGCAUCAUCGGCGUCUACAAUGGCAAGACUUUCAACCAGGUUGAGAUUAAACCCGAAAUGAUUGGCCACUACCUUGCAGAGUUCUCCAUCUCUUACAAGCCAGUCAAGCACGGUAGGCCCGGUAUCGGUGCCACUCACUCUUCGCGGUUCAUUCCUCUCAAGUGAGGUCAGAUAUGGGGUUUUGUUCUCUUCCAGAGUUCAGUUUUCUCUGUAGUUUGAGCUGUUAAAUCAAACUCCGUAUACCUACUAUUUACCGAGCGUUCUCUUCAUGGAACCUUUAUUAACUGUGAUGUUAUUUUGACAUGUUAUUUCUAUCACCAUUUUCGCAUGAAAAAUUACUACUAUCAGUCUA